AUGUCCGCCGUGGUCCGUCUUCUCCUGCUGGCCGCCAUCUGCUCGACGGUCCUCUCCUACUCGGUUCUGCCAGGUAAGAGUCUCGGAUGAGUCUCGUUGGUUCAGGGUAAGCAGAUAAAAAGAAGUCUGUGAAUGGGUCUAGUUACUCCUUUUGCUCCAUUCUACACAAUCAGACAAAUUAAUGACGUUUGUGCAUUAUGCAUACCUAGAACCCUGUUUCUUGUGUUCUCUCACAGUUUAACUAUUGUACACCAUAGUUGACUUGAGCAAAGGGCUGUUUGGGAAUAUUAUUUAUUCAGAAUAAGGAACAAGAAUAAUCGAAAAUGUCGCGUUUUCAGGAGAAGUGCAACGCAGCCGAACCGUCCGCUUCUGGCAGCCGCUGUACGACCGGGAGAUUCUGGACGAAGUGAUCCCUUCGGAUGACGUGGAUGGUCGUAUGAAGAGGGGAUUCGACGACGAUUUCGAGCAGCAACUGAGCAAACGAACCAACCUCAAACGGCUCGUCAUCCUAUCGGCGCGUGGAUUCGGCAGAAAGUGA